GCUCUACCCUCCAAGGGAGACGGUGUCACACUGCCCCCCGGCAGCGAGUUGGUAUCUCCCGUCGGAACCCUGGGCCGCAGGUCUAGGAAGUGACUUGGUAUCGCCCUAGUCCCUCCCACCGUGGGCCGCGCACUUGGUCUCUCCCGAGCUCUGGGGCGCGGUCGGUGGCAGCCGCAUCACCGGGGCGGGCGGAUCCCUCCGCCGCUGAGUCCCGGUCGCGCGCAGCGGCCCAGGCCGGAUCCUUCCGCGCCGGGGAGCGGCCCGGAAACGAGUCCCCCGGCCCGGAACGAGGCUGCGCCAGGCAGUGGGGGGGGCCCGGACGCCUGGGUCCCGGGCUCGUGCUGACCCCGCCCCCGCCCCCUCCCGCAGGUCCCGGCGCGGCCAUGAGCGAACUGGAGCAGCUGCGGCAGGAGGCGGAGCAGCUGCGCGCCCAGAUCCGGGACGCGCGGAAAUCAUGCGGCGACUCCACCCUGAGCCAGAUCACCGCCGCGAUGGACCCCGUGGGGCGCAUCCAGAUGCGGACGCGACGCACCCUGCGAGGCCACCUGGCGAAAAUCUACGCCAUGCACUGGGGCACGGACUCUAGGCUGCUGGUCAGCGCCUCGCAGGACGGGAAACUCAUCAUCUGGGACAGUUACACCACGAAUAAGGUCCACGCCAUCCCACUGCGCUCCUCCUGGGUCAUGACCUGCGCCUACGCCCCAUCGGGGAACUACCGUGCCUGCGGGGGCCUAGACAACAUCUCCAUCUACAGCCUGAAGACCCGGAGGGGAACGUCCGUGUGAGCCGGAGCUGCCAGGCCACACGGGUUACCCUCUCCUGCUGCGCUUCUCGAUGACAAUCAGAUCAUCACCAGCUCCGGGGACACCACCUGUGCACUGUGGGACAUCGAGACGGGGCAGCAGACGACGACGUUUGGGGGCCACAGUGGGGACGUGAUGAGCCUCUCGCUGGCCCCCGACGCCCGGAGCUUCGUGUCUGGCGCCUGCGACGCCUCCAUCAAGCUGUGGGAUGUGCGGGACAGUAUGUGCCGGCAAACGUUCACCGGGCACGAGUCGGACAUCAACGCCGUGUGUUUCUUCCCCAACGGGAACGCCUUCACCACGGGCUCGGAUGACGCCACCUGCCGGCUCUUCGACCUGCGCGCCGACCAGGAGCUCAUGAUGUAUUCGCACGACAACAUCAUCUGCGGCAUCACCUCGGUGGCGUUCUCCAAGAGUGGGCGCCUCCUGCUGGCCGGCUACGACGACUUCAACUGCAACAUCUGGGACGCCAUGAAGGGUGACCGCGCAGGGGUCCUGGCCGGCCACGACAACCGCGUGAGCUGCCUGGGGGUGACGGACGACGGGAUGGCCGUGGCCACUGGCUCCUGGGACAGCUUUCUAAAAAUCUGGAACUAGCCCCCUGCUGCCCCACACCCUGGGGGCGAGGCUGCUGCUGGCCCCACCCACAGGAGGGAGGGGGUGUGGGUUUAC